AUGUCCACUAAGUUUACAACAUGGCCGAACUUGUAUCGAUAUCGUCCGGCCAUCAUAGUCCUCGGUGCUCUCGCAGCAGGGUACGCAAUCUAUUACCACCAUAUCUCCAACAAUGCAGAACCCUCCAAUCCUGGGCUGCACCGAUCGAAUGCAGUACGGCGACGGAGAUCCGACGCGCACCCUUCCGCUCAGUCAGAAUCAGAAAUGCCCAGAUUAGAUCGGGAUGCAACCGAGCGAGAGACUGUCGCAGAUUCGAACAAUGAGAGCUCCAUAGACGAUGAACAUGACUCUGAUCCCGGAGAUAAGGGGAGCCAGAACCUCCUCAAGCUCCUAUAUCGUAUCGCCGAGGACCAGAAUAGAAGAGAGGGUUACGUACACCGCGGUAUUUGUUGCAAUGCGUGUGGUACAGUUCCGAUCAGGGGAAUCCGCUACUCAUGCAUGAAUUGCCCCGAUUUUGAUCUCUGUGAAGCCUGCGAAGCUUCUCAACCCCACAUCAAAACUCAUAUCUUCUUUAAACUCCGGAUUCCUCGAAUGCAUCUAGGUCAUGAGCCUCAACCAGUGAAAUAUCCCGGCAAAAAUGUAUUGCAUAAUAGACCUUUAGAUGACCAUACUGUAAAGAGGUGGCAUAAGCGAACAGGCUACUCUUCCUCUGAAAUCGAGGGUUACUGGGAUCAAUUUCAAUGCUUGGCAGGAGCGGAGUGGCCGGAAGAUCCCUCAGGUCAUUGCUUUGCAAUUGACAGACGCAGCUUCGAGCAAUUGUUUGUGCCAGCUAAUUCUUCGCGACCACCGCCACCAAAUUUGAUUUAUGACCGUGUCUUCAGCUUUUAUGACACAGAUAAUAACAAUUUGAUUGGAUUCGAAGAGUUCAUUACCGGCCUAUCUUAUCUCAACCGUAAAGACUCGAAAUUGAAGUGGAAGCGUAUUUUCAAAGGGUUCGACGUCGAUGGCGACGGAUAUGUAAGUCGCAAAGAUUUUCUGCGCAUGUUCAGAGCCCACUAUGCUUUGACCAAGCGAAUGACCGGUGAGUUAAUCGGCAUUAUGGAAGAAGAAGGCAACAAUGAAGAAGCAGUACAAGAGUUGAUUACCAGUGGCUACCCCAUUUCGUCAGGGUUCCAUCAGUCUACGUCAGGAGGCCCUACAUCUCGGGCAGGGGAAGGCAAAAGUUUGGAUUUGUAUGGCGAUUCCAUAAUCCACGAUCAGAAAGGUGCUUUAGAUGAUGGAUACCAAGCGGAUCAAAAUAUUCAGGAAAUAGAUGCCCAGCUUGCGGAGGAAGUCGAUCUAGUUUGGAAAAGCGACUACAAAGCAAUUCCUAUACGUGACAUCAUAGCUAAGAUCCGCGACGACGCUUGGCCACCGGACAUGCUCACCACUGAUCCUGUUCGGACAGCUGCAUCCAUUGACUACCUUCGCAGUAUCCACGACGAAAAGCUUCAGCAGAAAAUUCGAUGGACUAAUCUCUGCAUAUGGGCUAAGUUUUGGCGCAAUCGUGAAGCGUGGCGAUUACGGUCAUCAAAGGAUCAAGCCAAACGACGAAUUUUUGGACAAUCUGAGAGAGCAAGCAGUGUAACGGUGCAGGAUAAGGGGUUUCAAUUAAAAGGCGCUUUUACGUGCUUUUCGGGGACAGGGACGGACCACAGAUAUUGGCGAAGCUCAAGAUUCCAAAACAAAGCCGAAUUUUCUGAACGCUUUACACACCUGAUUAAUAGCCUGGGUUGGCCAAUACUCGAGGUUGAAGAGUUUGGCGCCGAGCUUUUACAUAUGUUCGAGGAGGGAUGGACUACUAAUGAGAUAAGUAAAACUCUGGAAGGCUACACAGUGCAACAAACAGAAGCCACGGACUUUGUCUUUGACUUCAGCAAGUUGAUGCAGGAAUUCAUUCCGGAUGAACUUCAGCCGGAAGAAUUAAAAUCGCCAAAAUCCCCAGCGCGAAGAUCUAGAUCUUCUUCAAAAGUCCGCUUCGAAGAUGGUUUGGCGACAGACGAUGAUGAUCCCGAUACCCGAUCUGUUACUUCUGUCUCCUCUCGAAGUAUUCCCGUCAACGAGCGCUGGGGUGGGUUUGAAAUUCCAGAGCCGGAAGAAGAUAUGGGCGGAGACGUACUUUAUCAGAUCACGCAAGAGGCCUUGAAUGAAGUGAUCGAUUCUAUCUUCAAGUCUCGUGAAGACCUUUGGCUAGAAGCACAAGCUACCAAACGUCAACGUAAUCAUCAUCGAGCCGCGAUUUGCAAAGUAGCGAGAUCCUGCCGUCCAAACAUAAUCCAAAGAUACCUCCACAGCUUUCUCAAACAAAGCCAUUUUAAGAUAGAUUGCCUGCCGCCCUCCAAGGACGUCUGGUCAGAUGCAAUGCAUUUCUAUCGCUUUCUAGAUUCGAUAGGGGGCAAUGAUUCCCAUUAUUUAGGCCGAUACAAAAGUGAACAAUGCCCCAGUUGUAGCGAAAGAUUCCAUUUCGGGCAAUGCUGUAAGGACUGCGGCAUAACAACAGCGUCAGCGGUAUACUUUCAUCAACAACAACAGGCUAUGGAUAAGGAGAAAUGCAGCUUCUGCGCCGAGAGAGGCAAAUCCAGUGACGUUGGGCAAGAUGAAUAUUGCGGUAAUUGUGGGUAUCCCUCAAGCCAUCAAGCUGCGACAGAUGAAUGGCUGUGGACUGUAUUGUCAGCGGGACAAAUGCUUCCUUGGGGGUAUCAUCCAAAGACCCAGGUCUACGCCCAUAUGUUCAAAUGUAAGGAUUGUUCUAUGUUAAGCCAACUCGUCGAUUCAACAAUCACAGAUGGGAAGCGUUGUCAACUACACAAGGAGGCUGCAAAUUUAGAACAAUUCCUUUAUGCGAAUGGUACCGUUCCUUCGCCGAAAGAGCCCGGUGGACAUCAGGAUAGUCAAGAGAAUCUUAUAGCUGAUCAUGCUGAGCGAUCGGCGGAGUCACGCCCAAAGGGCUUAUCUUUGGAGUACCACACUCAUCUACAACAAUCCAUGAGCACAGAGCCCACGAUCGAGCAACGGGCAGCUAAGAAAUCCUUGGACGACCUCUUAAAAUUCACGGCUUCCGGCAAGACAGAUGAGAGUCCAAAACAUGUGAACGAUCCUGAAGAACAGCACACCGAAAAAGCCAUUGGGGUGGCUUCUUCUUCCCUUGAGACGUCGGGCGCAACCAAUAUCGAAGACUUGCCAGAUCCGACGUUGCCUCAAAAUCGCCCGAGUAUGGUAGCGGGCUCGCCAUCAGCUUCUGCGGACUCCUCUGACAAAGGAGAGAGUCGAAAACCAAGCGAUAUUCCAUUUGAUGAAGUGACUCUGAAGUUCUGGGCCGCUUUGUCUAUUCUAGAAGCCGAGGACGAGCAGCGCGGCGGGCCUGGGUUGCUGUCCGAGCAGGAGUUUCUGGAUAUUAUGGCGGGGGAAAGGGGCGAGAGUUUGAAGUUCGUGGGGGAGUGGAUGCGAUUGACGGCAUUUUGA